AUGCAGCCCUACUUUGGCAUACAUGCUCUUCUUAUAGUGACUGUUACCCUGAGUCCAGUGAUUGCCACAGCACAAAGUGAAAAAGAUGCCACUGGAGAAGAUGUCUAUCCCCCUCUGUGGGACCUUGCCCCUGAAAACCUGCUGGAUUUCCUAGUAAAGGAUAACAAAAGUGUCAUCAAUGCUUGGAACUAUCAAGAACGACUGGGAGUGUACAAGAACUUGCUAAAUUCUUCAGCCAAAUAUUUUACUGCCUUUGGAUCCCAAAAUUUUGGCAAUAUUCUCUGGGGAUUACCGUUGCAGCAUGGGUGGCAAUUUCGUACAGGCAGAUUAGCAGAUCCUUCCAGUGUGACUUCCUGUGGUGAUGAAGAUGGAGACCUCCUGUGCAUAUCUGUAAGAAGCUGGUGGUCCUGUAUGAACUACUACCUGGCUGUCAUACCCUUUCUGGGGGCAGUGGAGGCUGGCCUCUUUGGGCAGCUGCAGUACGAGAUAGAAAUAUUGCCACCAGAGGAGCGAAGAGCUGAUUUCUGUUACAGUGUUGCUGACUGCCGGUCUCGCAUUCCCAAGCUCAUGGAUAAGUGGAAGGCCUAUUUUGAAUAUCUGUUGUCUACAGAACACAAAGCCAUGAGCCCUGCAACCUUCUCCUCCUUCAAACUGGAUGAUGCCCUCCAUCUCAUGUGGAGGGCGCACGUCGCCUCCAUUGCUUACGCACUGCCCAAGUUCCAGGACAGCUUAAAAUAUCUCUCUGAUCCAGAAGCAAAUUUCGGUGAAGACUGGGCUAAUGCUGUAGAUUUCAUUGCAGCCACACACUUCUCUACAGAUUUACAGACCACAAACAACUUCCAGGCUUUCCUGCCCCCGAGGAUGCUGGUGGAAGGGGAUGUCCUCCCAUCCAUUAGUGACUUCAGUCCACAGCAAAAUAGAGUCCUGCUUUCACUGAGAGUUCUUCACAAAGCAAAUCAAUUAACAGGAGGAUUGCUGCUGAAGCUCUGGCAAAAGGCUAUGUCUACUGAAGCAGGAAGAAAAAUAGGACAAAAACUGAUUGAAGACUUGGCUUCAAGCCAGAAAAUAAAACUCAUUGAACUCAAUGAGGCUGAAUAUACAUGA